GUGGCGGUAAAGAGUUGGAUUGUAGUCGGGACACACAGGCGAAGAAGAAGAAGAAGAAGAAGAAGAAGAAGAAGAAGAAGAAGAAGUUCGAACUGUUAGCUUUUAGGCGUUUAAAUGAACGAUGGAUCAGAAGAUUCCUUAUGAUGACUACCAGCUCCCAGUGGUUUUCCUGCCUUCCUACGAGAACCCACCGGCAUGGAUUCCUCCUCAGGAGAGGGUCCAUCACCCAGACUACAACAAUGAGCUCACCCAGUUCCUGCCCCGCACCAUUGUGUUGAAGAAACCUCCAGGAGCCCAGCUGGGUUUUAACAUCCGUGGGGGCAAGGCAUCACAGUUGGGAAUCUUUAUAUCCAAGGUGGUCCCAGAUUCAGACGCCCACAGAGCAGGACUGCAGGAAGGAGAUCAGGUUCUCUCUGUAAAUGAUGUGGAUUUCCAAGACAUAGAGCACUCGAGAGCUGUAGAGAUUCUGAAGACGGCUCGGGAAAUCGUGAUGAAGGUUCGCUUCUUUCCCUACAACUACCAAAGACAGAAGGAGAGAACUGUCCACUAGAUGGCAGUGGUGUACCUCAGCUCUUACAGACUGUUUUGUACUCUGUUGCAUCUUCAAGAUGACUGAUUGCGGGUCUCAUUCAAACUCCUCCAUGUUAGGGAGAUUUGUCCUCGGUGUUGUGCUUAAAAAUUAUCAAAAUAUUCUCUGAUGUACUGCGAUAUUUGAUGGUUUGUGCUGCGCCAGGGUUCAAUCCCAUGCAGUUUUUUAGUUUGCAUUUGGAAAUGUAUAAUUUUGACCUAAAUUAUUGUUUUAUAUAACUUAAUACUGAAAACAUUUCUCAUCCAUGUAUAGUAUUUUAAGUUUAUACAUAUUUAAAAGCCCCCCCCCCACCCUCCUCCUCUUUUUUUUUUUUUUUAA